GCGUUUCCUUUCCACCUAGCACCAAACCGGUUUUAUGAGGUUACGUUGCGCGCGUCUUGAUAGCGAAAAAUGUUUCUCUGAGUUUCGCUCCACGCGACUAAAUGACUAGCGGCGUGUUGCUUUCGUUCUGCGCAAAAUCAUAUAAAGCAUAAUUCCAAAUAUUAUUAUAUAUAAAAAUAAUAUAAAUAAAAAAUACAUAAUUUAAUGGCCCUAAAAACAAGGCAGACAUAAGACAGAGACAUCCCUGUUCAAUAUAGCUCUUUCGCUUCCACAGUGGCUCAUCCUUACUCCAAAUGUUCUAUAGCUCAUUGGUAGAAAACAGCUGAUUUAAUAAAUAUGGCGACGUUGGGAGGACGUGUGUCGGCUAUUUGCGGUGUUUUGCCGAAUAAUAUAAAUUUAUUUGGAUAUGGCCUGCAACAGGUACGAAACUUUAUUGGCUGCAGAGUAUAUCGUGACAGGAAGCGUAGAAGAUGGGCAAAACAGUAUGCUGAAGAACGAUUGCGAUUGCUUGCCUUGAAGCGAAAUAAUAUUUUACCAAUUGAAAUAAGAGAACUUGCAAGCAAGCAAAUGACUGAAACAAUUCCCAGACAGACUGCUAUGUUUCAAUUGACGUCAAGAUGUGUAAUAACAGGUCGAGGCCGUGGUACAGUGGAACGGUGGAGAAUAUCAAGAUUCAUCUUCCGUGAUUUAGUGGAUUAUAAUAAAAUGGCUGGGGUACAACGUGCUAUCUGGUAAAAUAAUAUAGCAUGUACAUUUCAAGAUGUGUAACUAUUAGUGAAAUAUAAAUAAUAAGUGGAUGGAUAUGAACAGAAUUAUAAGAAAUAAAAGAAAGUUAUAGUAUUAAA